ACUUUUAGCAUUUAGAAAUGUGUUUUCAAAAUGGGUUCAUAUAUACCGUGGCCUAAUCUAGUGUAUUUGGCGGAGACCCGGAGAGUCAACCUUCCGCCCCAGAUUCAUCUAUCCCUGCUCUACCCAUCAAAAGAAAGAAAAAAAUCUAUCCCUGUUCUGUUGUGUACUGCACGGGCGUAUCGUAUCCCCAGCAUCUUCGAUUCGAUUCAGGCUCUGCCCAGCGCUGCAGAUUCAGCUGGACACAUCCACUUUGAUCCUGCUGAACAGAUGCUCCCAAUUUUUAUCCCAACUCUGGAGGAGCAGAGAGGGCCAUCAUCUCAGCUGUUUGCAAGACUGGCUCACAUAAGAGGGGGGUGAUAUCUUUAUAGGAGUAAGAAAAAUGGGCAUCGAAACCAGUAAACACGCCAAUGCUUUCCUGCCAAACACUAUGGAUUUCGGUGAACUGGAGAACAUGCUGCAAGCGCCAAGUGUCACACCAAUUUGCCUGCCGGUAGAGUUUCUGAAAGGCAUCACACGCGAUUUUUCUGUCGACCAAGAACUGGGAAGAGGUGGGUUUGGUGUGGUUUACAAGGGAAUACUUCAAAAUGGGAAAAUGAUUGCUGUGAAGAAGCUUUUUGAAAUUCGAGUAGAAGAUGAUCAAUUCCAGAAUGAGGUCACCUAUCUUAUUGGGGUUAAGCACCAAAACGUGGUACAGCUUGUAGGCUACUGCGCUGAAUCACGGUGGGAAGCGACAAAAGUAGGUGGGAGAUAUGUCAUGGCUGAGAUACGGAAGAGAUUGCUCUGCUUUGAGUAUCUAAAAAACAACAGCCUUGAUAAGCAUCUUUCUGCUGAAUCUUGUGGACUUGAGUGGCACAUAAGAUAUGAUAUAAUUAAGGGGGUUUGCAGCGGCUUGCAUUACCUUCACACGGAAUGCCGGAUUGUUCAUUUGGACCUUAAACCCCAAAAUAUAUUGCUGGAUGAUAAUAUGGUCCCCAAGCUUGCAGAUUUUGGCAUGUCUAGGCUCUUUGGCCAACAAGAGUCUCGAGUUAUCACUGAAAGUCGUGGGGGUACACUUGGAUACAUGGCACCAGAGUACAUAACAAAUGGAGUAAUCUCAACCAAGUCGGAUAUAUACAGUUUGGGCAUUAUAAUCGUUGAGCUAAUGACGGGAAGCAGGGAAUAUCCCCAUAGUAGUGAAGCACCGUUUGAGCACUUCAUUGAGAAUAUGGUUGGAAAUUGGAGGCACAUAUUGGAAAAAACAAUGGGGCAUAAAACGCAGGAAAUAUGUUCCCAACAAGUAAACAGAUGCAUUGCAUUGGGACUUAAGUGUCUUAAUCCAGAUCCCAAUGAAAGGCCCUCUGCAUGGGAUAUGUUGCAAACUCUGAAUGAAUUGGAAAGCACGAAUGGUUGUUUUGACAAGAAUGAUGGACCAGCAGUAGUAACUUACGAAUCAGAAGUAGACACAAUUUUAGGGCGGGGCGAUGUAGAUUCCAGCAAUUUAGCCGCAAAAUUCGACAGAAUAUUGAGUAGAGCAUUCGCCCCAGGUUCUGGAAACAUGAGCACUGUUUUCCGCUCUGCUCCCAAAGGAAGAAGGAUAUUGAUCCAAGCUUUUGAGGUUGCCAACACAAUUGUCAUGGCCUCUAAUCUGAUAAAAUCCCUCUCUAAACAAAGAAUAAGGCACCUGAAAGAGGGUGUGCUUAGGUCGGAAGGUGUUCGCUGUCUUAUUUCGGAAGAUUACAGUCAGCUGUCCAUUCUCAUUGAAGAUGAAAUACGAGAAGAGUUGAGACGAUUUUGUAAAGAGGUUGCCCGGUUUGGAGAUCUGUGUGAAGAUCCUCAAUGGCACAAUCUCGAUAGGUAUUUCCGCAGAUGGUUCUGCACUGACAGUGACAUCUAAGAACAACUCCAGUGAAGAAGCACCUCCCAGUUUGCAGUAUCUGAUAAAAUUGGCACAAAAUACAUGGGUUCUGCGCCAAGAAAUGCUAGCACUGGACAGACUUGAGCACGCUCAUUAUGUAGCAGCUAGUCCUGUUAAGAAACAAAUUGAUGCUGUCAAGAGCCAAAGGGGUGCGGUGAAGGUCUUAAAAAGGAAAUCACUCUGGUCGAAGAGUAUGGAAGAUAUUGUAGAGAGACUUGUAGAGAUCGUGAGCUUCAUCCAUCUUGAGAUCAACAGAGCUUUCUUGGAGAACCAUGCCGAGCAAUCAUCUGGAGAACUUCGUGUGGCUAAAAACCUCGCGAAAACGUUAGGGCCUGCUGG